AUGGACGUGGUGGCGAGCGGCGACGCUACCCUGCUUCUCGUUGCCGUCGCAGUGUCCCUGCUCAUCGGCGCUGCCGUCUGGUCCAGGCGUGGCCGGGGGCACGGUCAUGCCGCGCCCAGCCCGCCGUCGCACCCGCUGCUCGGCCACCUCCACCUGCUCGGCAAGCCGGUGCACCGCUCGCUCGCCGCGCUCGCCGCCGCGCACGGCGGCGCAGGUGGCCCGGCGCCGCUCCUGUCCCUGCGCCUGGGCACCCGGCGCGCGCUGCUGGUGUCGGACCACGCCGCGGCCCAGGAAUGCUUCACGGCGCAGGACGCCGCGCUGGCGGGCAAGCCGCGGCUGCUGGCCGGGAAGCGGCUCGGGUACGAGUACAAAACGAUCAGCUGGGCGCCCCACGGCGACUACUGGCGCGCCCUGCGCCGGUUCCUCGCCGUUGAGCUCUUCUCGGCGUCCCGCCUCGCCGCGCGCGCCGACGACCGGCGCGCCGAGGCCGCCGCGUUCGUCCAGAGCCUGCUCCGCCACGCCGACGCAGCCCCCCGUGCCGCGGUGACGCUCCGGCCCAGGCUCUUCGAGCUGGUGAUCAAAGUGAUGAUGCGCGCGCUCACCGGCGCGCCCGACCACGACGGCGACGUGCGCAGGUUCCAGGACAUCGUCGAGGAGAGCUUCGUGGCGAUCGGCGCGCCCAGCGUCGGGGACUUCUACCCGGCGCUGCGGUGGGUCGACCGCCUGCGCGGCGUCGAUGCGGCUCUAAUCCGUCUGCACGCGAGACGCGACGCGUUCGUCGCCGGCCUCGUCGAUGGCAAACGCCGAAGUCGCAGAUCCGGCGGCCGGGACACGGAGAAGAAAAGCGCCAUUGACGAGCUCCUGUCGCUGCAAGAAAUUGAUCCCGAGUUCUACACUGACACUACCGUCAAAAGUGUUGCCUUGAUACUACUGACUGCCGGGACUGACCCGUCGGUGCUAACCAUGGAAUGGGCAAUGGCACUGUUGCUGACACACCCGGAAGUGAUGCAGAAGGUGAGGGCUGAGAUAGACACCAAUGUCGGCACCGCACGGAUGGAGGAGUCAGACAUCACAAACCUCCCAUAUUUGCAAUGUGUGGUCAAGGAAACCUUUCGGCUAUACCCUGUCGCACCGGUCAUCCCUGCACAUGAGGCCAUGGAGGACUGCACUGUCGGUGGGUUCGAUGUUCGUUGCGGCACAAUGGUCCUCGUGAAUGCUUGGGUGAUCCACCGGGAUCCCAAGCUCUGGGACGCACCCGAGGAGUUCAGGCCCGAGAGGUUCUUGGACGCCGGUGUAGUGACCGCAAUCACCGCGCCCCUGCUGCCAUUCGGGCUUGGACGGAGGCGGUGUCCCGGCGAGGGGCUAGCAAUGCGUCUCAUUAACUUGACACUAGCGUUACUCGUGCAGUGCUUUGAGUGGGAUGUCGGUGAAGGUGGUGUGAUUGACAUGUCCGAAGGUGGUGGGCUGUCCAUGCCAAUGGUGACACCAUUGUCAGCUGUCUACCAGCCCCGAAAGUCCGUCGAGCGCAUGCUCUCGGCAUCGACAUGAGGAGCUGAACAUAGACUUCUGAAGAAUAAACAGAGAAUUGGGUGAUGGUGAACUUCAAGCUGUUCAAUAAUACAUGAUAUUUGUAGUGAUAUUUGUACUUGUCAAUUCUAUGUAGUGAUGGUUAAGACAUUUGUGUAUCUAGUUGCAUUGUCAUCGUAUUUGGUUGGACUCUAGCUUUGUAAUCUAGAUGCUAGUGAUGUGAAAUUAUGAACCAUAUAAUGUUAUUUUGAGCCUGAAUAUUUGUUGCAAUACUAAUACUA